AAUCACAAAGCGCAAUGUCGAAAGUAGGCGGAGUACAGUCAGAAAGCGUUGCGGUUUACUUCCGGGUGAGAACUCGUCCUUUGGGUGAAGUGCAACCAUGGGUAAUGUGUUGGCUGCCAGUUCUCCCAGUCCACCUCCACCAGUGCAAGCUGGGCCGGGGUUGCUUUCUGUGCCUGCUGGCUUCACCAUGCCGGCUGUCUCCCCAAUCUCUCCUGCUUCUUCUGGGCAACAGGAGAGCGAGCCGCCUCUACCCAACCCAGGUGCUUUUGAGGAGUUCCACCGGAAAUGUAAAGAGGUAUUUCCCAUGCAGAUGGAAGGAGUUCGUCUAACAGUCAACAAGGGCCUCAGCAGCUGUUUCCAGGUCAAUCACAACAUCAUGCUAAGCACCACGGGAGAUUCCAGUUACAGAUUUGGUGCUACAUAUGUAGGGACCAAGCAGACAGGACCUGCGGAGGCAUUUCCAGUUCUGGUGGGUGACAUGGACAACAGUGGCAGCCUCAAUGCGCAGAUUAUUCACCAAAUAAGCGACAGAGUGCGCUCCAAGCUGGCCUUCCAGACCCAGCAACAAAAGUUUGUCAACUGGCAAGGAGAUGCUGAGUUUAAAGGAGACGACUUCACUGCUACAGUUACUGUAGGAAACCCAGACAUGGUGGUAGGAUCAGGCAUUGUUAUAGCUCACUAUCUCCAGUCGAUCACGCCGUCCUUGGCACUGGGGGGAGAGCUGGUGUACCACCGCCGUCCUGGCGAAGAGGGAACAGUAAUGUCGUUGGCAGGAAGAUAUACAGGUUCUAAUUUUAUUGCCACUCUGACCCUCGGAGGUGCUGGUGCACAUGCAUCAUAUUAUCACAAAGCCAACGAGCAGCUGCAGAUUGGGGUGGAGCUGGAAGCCAGGACUUGUAUGCAGGAAACAAGUGUAUUGUUUGGUUACCAGCUGGACAUCCCCAAGGCCAAUCUGCUCUUUAAAGGUUCUAUAGACAGUAACUGGGUAGUAGGAGCAACGCUGGAAAAAAAGCUGCUGCCUCUUCCCCUGUCUUUGGCGCUUUGUUCUUUCCUCAACCAUCGUAAAAACAAGUUCCAGUGUGGGUUCGGCGUGACCAUUGGAUGAACCACGUGUUCCGAGUUGAAGUGAAGGGGCUGAAAUUCAUACACUGAUGUUUUAGGGAUCAGCAACAUCUGGACACUCAUACAAAGUGCACCAUCAAUUUACCCUUAUAUAUAUAUAUAUAUAUAUAU